UGUCAACAAACCGGCAACAGUUUCGAACCUUCAUUAAUAUUCAGUCAAAUUUAUUCGAAACUUCUAUUUACUUUCAAUAAAACGAAGUUUUCAUUUCAAUAUGAAGAUAAUGGAACAGAUUUAUUAUUUAACGAAGAUAUUGGUUUUUUGCACACUAAUUUUUCAAAUAAAAAUUGUAACGGGAUGCAUGUGCAAGGAGGUGCCAUUAGUGGAACAAUUUUGCAAUUCUGAUUUUGUUAUCAAGAUGAAAGUCAAUAACCAAGCAGAUAUCGCUAAUUCAAGCAUUCGCAUAUACCAAUUUGACAUUAUGAAGGUCUAUAAGAUACGUUAUGACGGUAUUCCAAUGUUAUCAUACGGGAUGAUGACUACCAAUUAUGAAUUAUCCUGUGGAGUUAUAUUGCAAAAUAAUGAUACUCUAAUAUAUGGUGGAAAUUUCAUCGAGUCUCAGUUGCCCGACAUGCAUACAUGUGAUUUAACAAUACACAAUGAAGAAGCCAUGAAAAUUUUUGAAAAAAAUAAUUUCACUUCCAAUCCUCAUUAUUGUGAAUACUUAAACUUUUACAGGAAGGCAUCCAAAAUUUUUUAUGGAAACUUAGAAUAACAUCAAAAAUUUUAAAUUUAUCGACAAGUUAAUUGAUUGAUUGAUUAUUUAUUAAAUUUUAUCUUGUAAGCCCGUCAUCUAUUUAUUAAAGUUUAUCUUAUCCAUCAGUUUACAAAAUAAUAUCAAUUAGUCAUAUGGAAUUUAGUUGUGACUGUUCAGUAUUCUAAAAAAAAAAAACAUAUCUUAUA